AUGGCACAACCAACAGAUAACCUCGCCGGUCUUGAGCGCCAGCGGCUGCAACUCGAGGAGAGCAUCCUGGAGCUCAGAAAAUCCCUAUACAAUUGGCGAAUGUGGGAUGCGGAGUACGAUGAGUUGAAGAAUGAUAUCUCGGCACUGGAAGAAAACAGCAAAAAUGAAGAUUUCCUCAGGAUUGGACGAGAAUUUGGCGGAUCCCUAGUCAACGAACACGAGAUUGAGGUAUUACUAGGCGUGAAACAGAGGGUGACGAGAACAAAGCAGCAGGUGGUGGAUGCUAUAUCAAGACGGAUGGACUAUGUUCAGCAAAAUAUUGGAGUGUUGGAGAAGCGCAUCUCAGCUGCUGAAAGGAAACUCGAUGCCAUCCUCACAGUUCAACACCCUGGCGCAGUCGACGAGGACGGGCUACCUAUUACCGAUAUUGUUGAAGAACUUGAUGAAGAUGACCGCGUCAUUUCGAGUUCUACAACUACUCCUGACCAGGCUGCACCCGGAAUCCUGGAAGCUUUAAAGAAAGCAGGCAUGGACCUUCCGAGGGAGAAAUCUGACGAUACAGCACCGCUCGCCGACGAGAGCAGAAAUGAAUUUUCACGUCAGAAAGACUCCGCUAACCCGCCUGAUAUUUCACCACGGAUUGGCGAGAUACCAUCUACUGGAAUUGUUUCAAACACAAAAUUAGAUACCACAACAACAGUUGCCAAGACUGCUCCUUCAAUUGGAGCUACUACAGAUUCUGCUACGCGUUUGAGCACCAAUUCGCCCCCUGUUGGGGUCGUGGAUAAUAACCGCUCUUCAGCUCCCGAAAUUAGUUAUGGUGAUGGCGAUGAGUCUACCAACAUCUGUAUAGAUGAAUCCCCAGAAGAUGCGGCCUUGAGAAGAGAAAUGUUACAGUAUGGCCUUGAGGAGGUUGGUGCUGUUGUUGCCGAGCUGGAGCUAGACGAAUCAGGAAGUGAAUUCUCUAUUGAAGACGAAGACUACGUGAUUAGUGAUGAGGAUGAUGAGGAAGAAGAUGAAUAUGGUCGGUCUACGCGGAGGAUGAUCGAUGAUGACUAUCGUCGCCAGAUGAUGGAAUUAGAGAAAAAGUUAAACGCACGGAGUUUGGAAAAUGUUGGACCUGAUACGAGUGUCCUUCCACCGGAUGUCAGAAAGGAGCUUGAUUCGCCUAUUCCUCGGGAGAACAUUCCUAAUGACGCCGACAGCGAAGCCCCAAAGCAGAAGAAAAAAGUUGCCUUUGCGGACGCGCUUGACAUUGCACCACAGCCAAAUUCUCCUAUACCUCCAGCACGAGCUAAGGAGCACCGUAUAGAGCCACCGUCUGUCCCUGUUGUUCAAGACGCUAUUGUGGAACGAGCGCAAGGAGAGAAAAUAUGCGACACCAAUGACACUACAACCUCAAAGAAAAUGUCCCGGUUCAAGAGUGCAAGCCAAACCUCCGAACCAAUUAAUCUCAUGUCUACACCCACAUUGCCAGCACCCGCAGUUCGCUCGUCAGCUCCCUCCAUUGAUACCCCGCCACUCCCACUAUUUCCCGCAAAGCCCUCACAGCCCAAGCCCUUUUCUCAGCCAAUUACUAAUCCAGACCAACCACUCAAGACAUUGGCGGAUGAACUAGUCGAACGUACUGUAUCCUACGAAAAUGCAACGCCACCUGAUCCAGAUGAAUUAGAUGAAAGCCUGCAUAAACGAGAAAUCGCAACCGAAUUUUACAAAUUUCGGAACCGCAAGAUUCAUCAAGAAGGCGGGUUCUUGCGUGAGGACGAGGAAUCCAAUGGGAUUAUUCCUCUAGAAGAGGAUGGACAGCCAGCCAAGAAACUCAGUCGGUUUUUGGCGGCGCGGAUGAAUAACCUACAUGCCCAUAUUCCUAGAGUUUUGGAGCCAGUGAAGCUUUAA